UCUGGGGAGGGCUUGCCUGCGGGGUUCUCCUAGAGCCUGAAAUGCUUCCCAUGUCGAAUGGCCCUCUCUGCUCCAGGACUGGGGCUCCUCAGUGCUCAGUGCUCAGUGCUCCUCCCGGACGGGCUCCCUUGGGGCCUCUAACACGUCCCUGAUUCUGCGCACGAGCUGCCUGGAGAUGUGGAUGUGUGAAUUGGGGUUCUGGGGAGUUAGGGCGGGGCCAGAGAGUCUGCAUUUCUAACAGGUCCCUGGGGGACACCCCUCUUCCUGGACCCCAGCCUCACUCAGGGUAGGAAGGAUUGAGUCAAAGCUUUAGACCUUAUCUGACUCUUCCUUCCCGGCACUGGGGCUGUGAGAGCCACCGCCCGCCUUGCUCCCUGGAUAGAGGCCUGCUCCCCUCCUGGGCAGAUGUGAUGGACGCAGCAUGCGGGGCUGCGAGCUGGAGCCCUCAGUUCUGAUCCCGAGCCAGCAGCCACUUUACCCCUUGGGCCUCAGUUUCCCUCUCUAGAAACUGACCCCUGGAGGCGCUUCCAGGCAUAGCAGCCCCGACAAUCUGGGAUCAGGCAAUUCCAGGAUUCCUAGAUCUCUGCUGUCCUGCCACCCCCUGGGGCACAGAGCUGCCCCUGCAGCUGUAGGGGGGUGGGGUGGAGGGAGAACCCCAGCCCCACCUGGAGGAGGUCCUGAGAACACCUGCUCUCACCAGCCUGAUGGGACUGGUUUCCUCUCUUCCCACCUGGGAGAAGGCACAAAGUCAUUGUGGUGAGGCCAAGAGAGCCCAAGAACAUCCCUGUCUGACAGAUGAGGAAGCCAAUUUGCCGGGGAUGGCUUUGAAUCCAAGAUGGGGCCGGGGGAGCCAGAGGCUGACCGGAAGGCAGGACCCCUGCGGGGGCGCAGGCAUGGCCGGCCUUGGAAGAAGGCUCUGGCUGGCGUGCAUUCUGGAUCCAGGUGGCAGGUCCCCCUGGAGCAGCUGGGAGGGUGUCCAAACAAAGGGGCACGUGGGUGCGACGUUAGCUUUUGCCAAAGCCAGAAGAGGUCCCAACUUGUCACACACAGUUCCCACCAACUCCUGCAGCCUCCCUGGCGUCGCCGGCAAGACAUGAGACCUUCUCGGGCACAGAUGCGAGGCCCCUUGGCACUGUCCCCAGACCCACAGGCCUGCUGCCGUCACAGGCAAACGGGUGUUUCCAUCAACUUUUAUUACUUGGCAAGACAGCCUUUGGUCAGAUGUUCCAUCGCUGGGAGAUUGUACCUCCGAGCCAGAGGACGGUGCGUGGGGCCUUCCAACAGCCCCAAGUCCCCCCAACAGCGAGAGCUCCCCCCCAUGCAAGCCCAAAUCAUUUCUUUUGAUCAAAGAUGAAAGCCAUUUCUAUUUUAAUAAUAUAGAUAUUUCUCUUAAAAGUGGUUAAUAUUUUCUUUCUCACCACCAGACACAUUAGGCCUUGAAUUUCGUGAUUUAAAAUGUUUACAGUUUUACAUCAUUAUUUUGUUAAAAUGGAACGUAUUUGGCCAGUUUCCUGCAUUUUCCAGUGGAAACCUCACACAACCGUUCAUGAGAUGAAAGUAUUCAGAAAAAGAAGACGUCCCCCUGGGGCUACUACGGUCUGUGUCAGUGUCAAAGUGAGAACCCGUCAUCAAAGCAAAGCAGUUGUUCUCAGAUGGGGAGGGAAGAGGCUCCACUAGACGCAGGAAGAGAAAGGCUUCAGGGUCAAAAGUGACAACGACACGUGUCGAGGUCUGGGACGUCUGAACUCCACAAGUGAGUCUCCCGGUUUCUGUGGUGGGCGCGCUCCACGGGGAGGUCGCAGAGGCCAGGAAUCCAGGAAACACACUCUGUUCCUGGCUCUGAGAAACGUCAUGGCCAUUUCCCUGGGGCAGAGGCAGAGACAUACUGUCCCCUCCUUCUGCCACUGGCGUUCCCAAGCCCCUCCUCUCCGGCCCCCGGGCUCCCAGCCUCAUUCGGCCACCCUCCUCCUCACUGUGAGAUGUGCUUUCCUGGGACAGGCCAAAGUCAUCGUCUUUUUUUUUUUUUUUUAAAGAUUUUAUUUAUUUGAGAGAGAAAGAGGGAGGGAGAGAGGAGGGGCAGAGGGAGAGAAUCUCAAGCAGAUUCCCCGCUGAGUAUGGAGCCCGACCAAGAGUCAGACGCUUUACUGGCUGAGCCACCCAGGUCCCCCUUGAUGGUCGAAAGUCUUAGAACCACUUCCCACUGGGCUGCCCAUCGUGAGCUGUGCUGCCCCUCAGGGAAGCCCCCCAGAGCCUCUGCACCUCCAUCUCCUGACUCCCACGGCUGUGAGCCUCCCCUCCUCUGCCAGAUGCCUGGUUCAGGCAUGAGAUCUGGUCUCCACCAGGGAUGCCAUGCUGUCCCCAGGGGCCGGCACACCUGUAGACAUGUAUUCAGUCCAGAGAGGGGAAAGGCUGUCAGAGAAGAGUAGCCAUGGCUCCCCACAGAGGUCUAAGCCACGGGAGUGGCGGUCCUGCUGCUCUGGUGAUAAUUAGGCAGGAAGAAACCUUUCCUGGGUGCCAGGGAGAGGAUAAACCACGUCAGAGGCUCUGAAGGCCCAUGCCCUCUGCUAGGAAGAAGGUGGCAUGGAGUCAGCCCUUCGCCACUGGGGCAUAUGGACCCCCCGAGGACUAAUCUGACGGUAACAGGUGCGCAAGGCUGUACUUUCUGUGGUGAAGUCAUCAGAGUUGGUUGCUUUCAGAGUUGGAAAGCAAAAGCUGCCUUUUCUGUGGGGUGUGGACCCCAGGAAGGAAAGGUGACCCUUAUUUUAAGUCUCCGGGAGGCGACCAUCCCAUGGGCACCCCGUGGAGCCGGUCGGUGUCUGGGGUGUGGCCACAUGGGAGGCUGGAAGUGUGUGUGGUUUCUUGUGGCACCAAGGGCCCAGGGCUGCCCUUCCAAGACCUGGGCUUCUGCCAGCGUCAGGGGCCUGUGGUCAGGAGUCAAUAGUGACACCACUGGGCAGCGAGAUCACAGCAGCAGCAGCCUUUAGGACUUCCUGGCUCAGCCCCUGGGGAGCUGCAGUUGGAAAGAUCCCCAUUUGGGCUCGCUAAGCCCCAAGAGAUUUAGGAUAAUUUGUAGGGAAAGAUGAGGAGCAGCAGAAGGAAGGGCUGAGUUUCCUACGAAUCUGACAGGAGAGGAUCUGAGUGGAAAAUAAAAAUAACACGGCCUUAUGAGCUAGGGGGCCCUGGAGGGAUAACAGACAGAUGUGACAGGAAUGAGCCAAGUCCCGUGCGAGCUCAGAUGAGGGGGGAGCCGCUGGGGGUCUGGGUCCUGCUGUCCACACCGCUCCCUCCCUCAUCCUUGGAGAACUUGGGGCAGGAAGGAGCCAGGCUCCCCGACGAGGCCGAUCAGCUUCUCUCUGCAGCAAGAGCUGGGAGCGGGGGUCGGGGAGAGCCCGGUGCAGGGGGCGGAGGCCCGGACUCCUGUCUUGGCCUCACUUUCCAGCGAAUGACUUGGGGAUCUUAGCCGCCUCGUCUUUUCGGUGGACGGAUGGCUCCUGUCCUUCCUACCGCCCGCGGUUCCUGGGAGGCCUGACCGGCCCAUGGCUGGCAGGGAGCUCUGUCAGGUAGCAGGUGGGGGCCUGGUCACGAGGAAGGGGACCCUGUCGGGCCACUCGGUGUAGGUGGAACAGCUGGUCUGUGCUCCACAGGAAGCCGGCUGGGUCUGGGCUUGGGGCCUUGGGGGUCAACCAAGAGGCAGAACUCUUCCUCGGGGAAACCCCCAAGGUUACAAGUGAGGACCUGCGGCUUCCAGCCCCACCCGGCUUUGCAGCCGGAGCUCUGCCUUUUCCUGGGGUUCCCUAUACUAACGUUUCAGAGCUCCCCACAGCCGCGUUGUCGCCAGCCUGGGGAGCCUGUGCUCAGCUGUGCCCCGUGAGGCCAACCGCAGGCCCUGGCUCCCAGGGUUGGAAUGCUGAGCCGGCGGGGCGUGGGGCUGGGGACUCCUGCACAUCGAGCCCCAGGCCCAGCCACUGCCCUGCCCCCUCCGAGAGCCCUCGGUGCUCUGAGAAGCCCCAUCCUCAAGGAGCCCGGAUCUAACCGUGCGGGGUCCCCCUUCAAGGAGCUGACAAAAUUAGCAGCCCAGUGGCCCGAAAAGUGGGCACAAGACCAUGUGCACAGCUGCCUUCGGCUUCAGGUGCGGCCACGCUCCAGGCCGGUGCGCACACGGGUGGCUUAGGGCUCCCUCAGCGGAUCUCCAGCGUCCUCUCGCGGUUUUCUCUCCCUUGGCUCUCUGUCCUUUGACCCCUCACCUCCUUGGUGUCCCUGGACCCUCAAGGCCAUCUCCUCAACUCAGGGACUCCCCUGAGUCCUGCUUGGUUUCGCCUCCCUCCACUGUAACCUGGAAACUUCCUUAAGGCAGCCAUCGGAGGCAAUCGCUGGGUUCACCCCACUCGUUUCCUGUCUCUCAGGGGUUUCUCCACAGUCCAGGUCCUUGAAAAUGCUACGAUCGCGAUUUUGUUUGGGUGGGUUGUCCCUUGCUGUUUUAAGAUUUAUUUAUUUAUUUGAGAGAGAGACAGAGAGAGAGAGAACGCGUGGGAGGGGCAGAAGGAGAGAACUUCCAGCAGAGCCCAUGCUGAGCACAGAGCCUGACUCAGGGCUCGAUGUCACCACCCCGCGGUCACGACCUGAGCAGAAACCAAGAGUCGGGGGCUCAGCCACCUGAGCCACCUGGGGGGCCCCUCCCUUGCUAUUUCAGACGUGAGGGUGUACUCGGGUCUCGUUACGCCGUCUUGGUGGAAGUGAAUCCAUAUUCCUCUGACUUUAAAGUUCAUAUUGUCACAAGUCGGCCCGUGGCAGUCCCUGAGAAUGACCUCCUCCCUGUUUAGUACAGUCCCUGACACUUUUUUUUUUUUUUUUCCCAAAGAUUUUAUUUGUUUAUUUGACAGAUAGAGAGAGAUCACAGCAGAAGGAGAGAGAGCAGAGCAGAGCAGUUAGGAUCCUUGGCUCCUUGGGUAGGAAACAACUAAGGUUUCGUUUGUUUGUUUGAAGUGGGCUCCACGCUGCGGGGCUUGAACUCACAACCGGAGAUCAGACCUGAGCUGAUAUCAAGAGUCAGGCGCUUAACCAACUGCAGGCGCCCGUGCUAAGGUUUUCCUCUCCACACAGAAUCAAAGUGCCCCGCUGAGCUCGGCGCGUGGCCCCUUGUCUUUACUUGGGUGUCAUUUCAUAAAUAAGGACAUUAAAGCUCUAAGCUUUAAUCCUUCAGCAGCUCACGGCUGGAUGGCGUGGGCCCACCUCAGGCCAAAUCAGCUCUGGCCCCCAAAGCUGCCUGCAGGCAGGCCAGGGCCUGUCAGACCCUUGGCAGAAAAGAAGGCCGCUCAGGGGUCUGUCUGGAUGGCUCAGUUGGAUCAGUGUCUGACCCUCGAUCUCGGCUCAGGUCAUCAUCUCAGGGUCCUGGGAUCAAGUCCCAAGUCGGGCUCUGGGCUCAGUAGAGUCGGCCUCAGGAUUCACUCUCACCCUCUGCCCCAUCCCCUACCCCAAAUAAAGAAAUAAAUCUUUAAAAACAAGCAAAGAAGAAAAGAAAAGAAGGCCGCAGUCUUCCGUGCUGCCCUCGCCCGGGGCCACCAGUCCUCUGCAUGCCGCCGACCGACUGGACGCUGGGAGAGAGCACCGCCCGCCUCCUCCCUUUUCCGGUCAAGACCUCGCAGCCUUUGCCACUCAAAGCCCGUCUACUUCUGAGCAUUCUUCCUGGGUCUGCGAGUCAGGGGUCUCCUGGCUCAACUCCAGCCCCGGCCUCACGCCUCCAGUUCCUCGAGUCUGACCCCAGCACGGAGCAUGAAUUCCCUCCAUUUAACAAAUACCGAAGCGUCACCUGGGCCUCCAGGAUGCUAGGCCGUAGGGACCCAGGCCGGCCACGAGGACUGGCUGCCAUCCUCGUCCUCAGGGAGCCCACGGUCUACGGAAGGGGACAAACAGGUAAACACGGCGGCGUGAUCACAGGGACAGGUGCCAGGAAAGAAGGCUGGGCAGUGAGGGGAGGCGGUAGGGUGUUGGCAGGAAAGGGAGGUUCAGAAAGGGGGAGACGGAGCACAGACCCCCGUCCUCCCCACGUCCCUCGCCAGAAUCCAGAUGAGUCCACGGCACGUGUGGGCUGCUCCUCUCCUCCCACCCUGGGAAGCGCUCGGCCAUACUUGCACGGCCCUUAGGGAGGACCCGAGGCUGCCCCCACCCAGGGUUGCCCCCUCCACUCCCACCAGGGCGGGCCCUCACAACGCACCCUGGGCACCUACAGCCUGGGGUGGGCGGGGGAGGGGGGGCCGGUGGCAUCUUUGUCCCAUGCCUGCUGCUGUUCCGGUCCAGGGCCUGGAAAACCUUCCCCUCGCCGUCAGUUCCCCUCCAGAAGACCUUCCCAGCAGCACAGGCCAUCAGCCGCUCCUGGCGCGGGGCUCCCCGCCCCUCUAUCCUCUUUUAUCUGCGUUCGGCUCAAAAUGUUCCUCGUGUGUUUUCCCGUCUCACCUGCUGGACCGGGAGCUCCCUGGGGGCAGAGACUCGAAUGAGUCAUCUCCGGGUUUCUGCCCCGGCACGACGGGGGGGGGGGGUUCAUCCCGUGCUGCUGGAUGGGUGGGGAAGCCUGGCCUCGGGGCUUUCUCCCAGGAGCGGCCCAGCCAUCAGGAAAAUGUCUCAAGUUCUUCACUGUGGAAGUCCCUAAACAAAGAGGCAGGGGGAAGCAUGGGGACCGUGGAUGUUACAGGAAGCAGUCAGAACCCUGGGGACAAGAGGAAAGACAGCAAGUACAAAUUCACAAAGCUGAAGGUACCAAGCUUAUGGCUGUCCCCCGGAAACAAAGGUAUUCGGAGCUGGAGAGACUUGCCCGGGUGGACUGCGGGACGCAAACCUAUUAUGAUCCUUCACCACUCCCCGCCCCCACCCUGGCGCACACCCACGACCAGGAGUCACGUGGCCUCCAGAAUCACGCCCCAGGGGCCCAGGAAGGCAGGGAGCCCACCGGACUGCCACAGACGGCGCAGGAAGCGAGGAAGGAAUCCAGGGGCCUCCAAGGUUUCAGGUGUAUGCCCUGUUCUUGUGUUAAAGACAGUGGGCUGGGCUGCCGGGGUGGCUCAGCGGGUUGAAGCCUUUGCCUUCGGCUCGGGUCUUGGGAUCUCUGGGUCUUGGGAUCGAGCCCUGCAUCGGGCUCUCUGCUUGGCAGUAAGACUGCUUCCCUUCCUCUCUCUGCCUGCCUCUCUACUUAUGAUCUCUGUCAAAUAAAUAAAAUCUUAAAAAAAAAAAAAAGACAGUCGGCUUCACUGUGAGAAGUGAGCGUGGGAGAGAUGAAGAGUUUGGUCAAGUUCGAGAAGCCGACUGGACGCACGUCGGAGGGGACGGCUGGAUGUGGGACCCCGCUGCUCGGUGAGAGGGGCCAAGGACGGACAGGCACGCGGGGCUCUGCGGUGGAGGCUCUUCCUAAGGCAUGAGAUGGGCCGCGAGCACCACGGUCGCGAGGUGAGCAGGGAGCGGAGGGGCCCGGCGCGAGGAAGGCCAGAGUGUGGCCGGCGGGGGUGAUCGGCUCUGUCCGGGGCCGCUGCCACACGAGCACGACGGCUGGGGCCUGAGCUCAGCACAUCUCAGCCCCCUCGGCCGGGCGUGGAGGCACAGCGCCGGCUGCCGUGGGCCGGAGGGCAGGAGCCUGUCAAGCCCGGGCUGGACAGGGAGGGAGGGAGGAAGAGACUCCCGCUCGCUCUGCCUCCCGCCGCAGGCCACCCCGCUGUCACCGUCCCAACCUGUCCGAACCGCAGCAGCGUCCGAGGGGUCACAGCCCCUCACACUUUCCCAGCGGACCCUCCCAGAAACCUACAGGGCGUCCUGGGAGCUGAGCAGAGCCCCGGAAAACAGAGGGGAGGCUCCGGGAGGGCCAACGCGCAGUGAAUUUUGUAGACUCUGUGCUGGGAAGACAGCGGGUACGUUCUGACGCGGCUACACGACACAGGACACAAGUCCAGUUUGCAAAUCAAAAAGGUUUUAUAGGAUUCAAAGCAAAAAGUUACAUCACACAUACUCAUUUAAAUAACAAGUCAAAGUCUGUUACAGAAAACAUAAUUCCAAAGCAUUUUCAAUUUUAUUACUGAAACUACUUAAAAAGGCUCCAAGUCAAAAAAAAAAAGACGAAGCAAAAUUGCUCAGGCGAUAAAGUGCACUGGGGGGAGGGGCGCGCUCUGCUUCCGGGGCCCAGAGGCGCUGCCGCGGCCUCCGCGCGGAGAUAACGCAAGGCCCCGGGUUCCUGGGACACUGUUCCUUCGAUGGAAACUCUCCCAAUUUACAGUUCUCAGUCAACAGAGUGGGGGGAAUGUCAUUUACAGAAGGUAUUUCUAAAUCCCAUCAGGAAAUGGAAGUUUGGGUCAAAACCAUUUUUAACACAGCUAUUCCUUAGAAACGACACUGCUGGGAGACCGACCUCUAACGCCACAAGUAACCCAACACUCUGAGACCUUGUAUCAUCCACCAGAACGUUAGUCGGACUUCCAUUAUUUGGCAUAAUUAAGAAAAAUACCCAAAUUUAAUGCCAUUCAGUGGCACAGACACAGAGAUGUUUUUGUUGAUUUAAGACAGAAGUGGGAGAAGACUGCGCAGUGGGGAAGCAUGAACUAUAUACAUUCAAUUACGUUCUUUUGCAACGGCGUUGUCUGAUGAGCUGCAGGAAAAGUCGACUAGGAAAUGUCCAAAAAUCUGGAAGCCCUCAGACACACGCCAGCAUUCGGCACUCAGCCGUGCGCGUCGCAAGCAGCUGACACCAAAGGGCGACUUGCCGGGUAUCAAGCAACACACAGUGACUCACCAGGUGAUGACCAGGCUAAAAGGACCCGAACAUAAAAGCUAAUCGUAUUUAUUCAAUAUUUCACGUUACCAUCAUUUUAGUAAAAGUAAAUGCCAAUGACUAAGAGGCAGAGACAAAACCUAAAUGCAUUCGACACACAAAAAAACCCCUUCCCAGGCUUGUGUUGCCUGGAUUCCUGCCGCCGCCCACCGUGAGCAGCUCAGCGACUGCCCGGACCCUGCACUGCGGCCUCUAUAGAGAAUCAGGACCUGAGAUCGCACGGGUCCAAAGUGGUGCCCAGGGUCUAUUUUCUAAGCAGACUGCAGAACACCCCAUUCCAAGUCAUUCUGUUUGAUCAACUUUCUUCAAAUAUAAUGAACGAAAGGCGAGCAGAGUAGCGUUGACUGGACGGAACUAGCAUUUCUCCUGUAGUUCUCCGAGUUUAAUCACUAGGGGACUCAGAACCUCAGAGCUGGAUUGUUUGCAGGUCCGCUUCGCCCCAGCUAAACUGUAUUUUGGUGCAAAGUUCCUCCAACCGCUAAGGACCUUUCCUUCUCUAAGAAGUUACUCUACUCAAAAAAUACGCUAAGGCCACAGAAAAAGAAGUCAACAGAUUAUAAACAAAGCGGCUGGGUUUGAGAGCUUACGUUAUCUUUGUUCUGGUGUUUGAGGUACAAACAAACUGAGUAACUUGCUCUCAGCAGAGCCACGGCCCCAAAGGACACUCAGACCCCACAGCUCACUGUUCACCGGGUCUCUGUCGGGUAUUUUAAAUGACCCCCUGGGGUACAUUCUUUACAAGUCACACCAUGGACACAGGUAAAUGACUAGACCUAUAUAACCAAAUUUUAAUUCUUUAGGCUCCAGCCUUAAGGAAUCAUUGCCUGGAAUUUCUCUUGAAAAUGCUAUGAAAAAGCUAAACUCAAGUUCUUCCCCUCCUUCCCCCCUCAUUUAAGAAGCCCCUAUUCAACCAGUUCUGGUUCUAAAAAAUUCGUAGACCUAAAAGGCCUGAUGACAGACUCGUGGUUUUUGUUUCUUUGUCUUUUUCUGUGGCUGAAUAAUGUGCCAAAUUUACCAAAAGUAGAGUUAUUAUGAAAACCAUUGUUGAACACGGAAAAGAAGACUGUAAAAUCACUAUCUAGAAAUUGGUGGUUGGAACACCAACAAUAUAAAUAUUGUAAUAAAAAACAGUAUAAAAAUUA